UCUCCGAUUUUUAAAUUUCUGUAAUAUUUUAAUACCCUCUUUCGUUAUGACAGAAUACGAGACCAUCGCAAGUAUUCAAGGGUUGGACGGCGACUCCUUUAACCCCCAUCAAGACGCUGCGCUCGACCUUUCAAUUCUUGCAGAGCGCGACAUCAUAGGAAUUGAUUCGGAAGUGUCGACGAAUCAUUUCUGCGCGUCUAUCCAUGCCAGAACGAUGCCCAAAGAGGACGAAGAUUGUAGAACACCCAUUGACCUGAUUGUUGUGUUGGAUGUAUCAGGGUCGAUGACCGGCAACAAGCUGAAGCUUUGCAAGAAGACACUGACAAUGCUGCUCAGAGUGUUGCAAACUCAAGAUCGCUUCGGGCUAAUCUCAUUCGGCUCGGAUGCACGGGUUGAAUUUCCUGCUCAAGCCAUGAGUAAGCAGAACAAGGCGUCCGCAUUGCAGAAGAUCCAGAGCCUGACGACACGCGGAUGUACCAACAUGUCAGCGGCACUUGGUCUCGCGGUUCAAGAAUUGAAGAUUAUCGAGAAAUCAAACCCUGUUCGGAGUCUCUUCUUUCUGACUGAUGGUCUCGCGAACGAAGGCAUUAGUGAUCUUGACGGGCUAGUCAGUCUCACUCGAAACUGUCUCCUACCAUCUGACAACCCUUCAAACGUUCUCAACAGCGAAGUUAUGAUAGCAGAGUGUUUGGACGACCUCGCUACGUCGCAGCACCAGAUCACUCGACUUCCUGUUGCUGAGAUUGAAAGUGUUUGUAGGGCACCGAUCACACUUCACACGUUUGGAUAUGGAAGGGACCAUAAUGCUGCACUUCUAGAGAGUUUAGCUGACACCACACAAGGAGGCGCCUACUAUUUUAUCGAAGAUGAUAGCAAUGUUGGAAGUGCUUUCGGCAACGCUCUCGGUGGCAUCAUGUCGAUUGUGGCCCAAAAUGCUGUUUUGACUAUCCGACUUCCAUCCGAAGCCGAAGCACGAGGAGCAAGGAUUGUUGAGGUCUAUCACGACCAGGCUAUUAAAAGAGAAAAUGACAUCUACACUGUAUCUCUUGGAGACUUCUACGCGGAAGAGUCCCGCGAUGUGAUAUUCAAGAUGGAGCUGACCAAGCCAGCAUUUACGUCAACUUUGCCGGUGGCCCACGUGGAAGUCACUCUUGCUUACACCGAUACGCUCAAAAAGAUGCCGGCCAAUACAGAUGCGUUCAUUGGCUAUGUACGUCGCCCGGUGGGUGCUGAAUACUCGGCGCAGAACCACUACAUUGAAGGUCAGUUGCUUCGUGUGCUGGCAAUUCGCGAAAUGAAGUCAGCCGAAGAUUUGGCCAAUCAAGGAAACUUCCAGGAAGCCCAGAACCGAAUUGAGAAUAUCAUUGCAAAGUGUCGUCAAGCAUCUCCGACAGUCCGGGAUAUGCAGUCCAUAUCAUUGUUGGUUGAUGAUCUAUUUGAUGCGAAAGCUUCGGUUCACAGCUCAUCCACCUUUCGACAGUCCGGUAUGCAUCGUAUGGCGCACCGACGUUUGGAGCAUGUCAAUCAACGCAGUAACAUGGUCAAUGCCACAGGAGGGGCCUACGCCACCACCACAAGAGUGGCGUAUGCCAAAAUGUUUCAGUCGAAGGAUGGCUGAGGUUUAUAAAGAAGCAGUUCGCUGGCAACAACCAUUGGGUCUGUGAACGCAAUUCCAUUUUACACACACGGUAAAAACGAGUCUAUAAUUUAUGCAUCAACAUCUUUGCC